AUGGUUCGGCCCUCUGCCUCCCCCGCCUCCAAGACCGUCGCCCUCGCCUUCGCCCAAGCGGUCUCCCGCGCCGUCCCUUCUCUCAGCCACUUCUUCAUCCCCCGCAAGGGCCGCCUCUCCAUGUACGACGCCCUCCGCGACUGCAUCCCGCCUGCCGUCCGCUCGCACAGCCAAGUCAUGGGAGAAUACGGUGUGAGGGAGGUGGAGUUCAACAAGGUCCUCGAGCACAACGGCUUCACCAAGAUCCGCGACCGCUGCAUCCUCCCCGACAAGGUGGAGGCGACGGACUUGUCAAGGAGCGGCAGCGCGCGCUACUUCUUCUCCAACCGCCGCUGGAGGAACCCCGACGACCCCCACGAGCUCCAGGAGCUCCGGCAGGCCUGGCUCAAGCUCCGCCAGCUCGCGUGGAUGCUCGGGGCGGACGUGAGCCUGGAGGCGCUGGAGCAGUGCUGCCGGGAGAGGUACCGGGCGUGGGCGGAGAUCACGACCAACUGGAGCAAGGCGCCGCGUCGGGUGUACCGGAAGAAGCGCAGCAGCAAGAGGCAGGCCCCAGCCGCUACUAAGCCAGCAGACUAUGACGACCUCUGCUCGUCCCCGCAUGACGCGACGCCAUGGUUGCCAACGUGCUCGUCGCUGUCGGGGGGCAGCGAGACCGACAAGACGGGAGGACGUCAGGCGUGGGGUGCUGGCGGGGAGCCGCCCGAGGACUCGGACCAACAAGAGCUGUCGGAGACGGUCACGGACCUCACGAUGAUACCCGGCGAGUCGCGCGAGCAGCACAAGGCGCAGUGUAAGCGGGGGGCAUGGGCCCUCUGCCUUGACGACGACGCGGACCAGCAGGAGGAGCAGGCGGAGAAGUGGAGGCUUUGGGUCGCAUCAGAGGCAUGGGAGGAGGACGAUUGGAGCGAGGAGAGUCUGCCGAUGGUAGGGUGGGAGACGCCGGAGGAGAUCGUGGGGGGCGGGGAGGGGAGGGGGGUAAGCGUGAAGUACGCGAGGGAGAGCUAG